UAGUCAAAAAUUAUUGUUCAAUUAAAAUAUAUAUUCGGUUAUUUAAAAUCCAGUCCUGAAAAAAUCACGUUUGUAAGAUGUGUGGUUUAGCUGAAAUUAAUUAAAAUGUCAAAUGCUCGGUGAAAGUAAUCUGAGCUCGGCAGUUUCCGCUGUUAUCGGCUGCAUGACGAAAAGAAUGUGAACAGAUGCAGAGACAGCUUCAAUGUUGUUACACUACAUGGCAUGUAAAUAAACAUGUCCUGUGAUACUCACAGUGAAACAAAAAGGGGUAGAAGAUGUGUAGCGGGUGGGUGUUCAAGUACACAUUUAGAUGGAGUGUCCCUGCACUAUUUUCCAUUUAAAAAGGAACCACAUCUUGUACCAAAGUGGACUGCCUUUGUUAGACUUAAGAGAAAAUGGCCUGAGGGCCCUACUAAAUAUUCCAGCCUUUGUGAAUUACAUUUCGAUGACUCUUGUUAUCCAUUUGAGUAUCGAUUCAAAAAAUCACAAGGAAUUCCAGUGAAGAACAAAGUUCUAAAUCCUGGGUCAGUACCAACAAAACAUCACCCUAGUGUUUUAGGAAAACGUGAUUUGAGCUCUAUUGAGGAGGGUGAGGAGAAAUCCAAUGAGAGAGAGAAAAAAGAAAGGAAACGGAUAAGAGGGGCAUUUGUAAAACGAGAAAAUUUUAGAAUCAUUACAGAGAAAACAGAAGUUCAGAAUAAAUCUAUGCAAGAAGCUGAAGCUAGAAAAUCAGAAGAAGAUUCAAAUUGCACAAUGACUGACAAUGAAAUCAAUAAAGGUUCAGAAGGAUUUUCAAAAUCAAAAGAAGCCUUCAGUCAGACAAAAAGGUCAUGGAAUAAAAGAAGUAAAUCUAGCCAAACCAAAUCUAAAACAUCUACCAAAGGGACUCAAAUAAAUAUGUAUCCUGCCCGAAGAAGUGUGGGUAUACAGUGCAAUAUAAACGAUAAUGAACAAUCUAUGAGUGAUCAAUUCCUAAGAUACGAGGAUGACAUGCCAACAGAAUCCUCCGACCUGGAAAUUUCUUCUGAUUCUGAAUAUCAAGAACAUCCUGAAAGUGAUGAUUCCAUGGAGUAUUCCUCCGAGGAAAAUGAAAAACCAAAUGCAAGAGAAGAGAAGAAAUUCAUUGUGUUUCAAUCCCAACUGAUGAAGUUAUUUCAUACCUGUUCCAAAUGCAAGUCUCCAGUUGUGGGGAAGAUAAAACAAAUAAAAGGAUCAUUCAUUUCAGUUGAAGUGGAAUGUAUUCUUUGUAAUUUAAAAUCAACAUGGAAUAGUCAACCCUAUAUUGGAGAGGUACCUGCAGGAAAUCUUCUGAUAUCAACAUCAAUUGUACUAUCAGGGUCCAUUCCAAGUAAAGCUCUCAGAAUGUUUGAAUUCAUGAAUGUUCAAGCUCCAAAACUGUCAACAUUUUACAAUCAUCAAAAGUGCUAUAUACAUCCUGGAAUUUUUCAUAUUUGGAAGAAUUUCACAAAUUCUUAUGUAGAAUAUGUGAAGCAACAAGGAAAUCCACUGGCUCUGGGUGGAGAUGGCCGAGCUGACAGCCCUGGACACUCUGCAAAAUAUGGGGCUUAUUCAGUGAUAGAUCUAGAUGAGGGGCUAAUUGUGCACAUAGAGCUUGUUCAGUCAAAUGAAGUCAAAAGUAGUUCCCACAUGGAAUUAGAAGGUUUGAUUAGAACAAUGGCUUAUUUUUGUGAUAUGGAGGUAGAAAUAGGCACAUUAGUAACUGAUCGGCAUGUCCAAGUCAACAAGUGGGUUCGAGAGAACUUGCCGAAUACACGUCAUGAAUUUGAUGUAUGGCAUGUAGCUAAAGGCUUAAAGAAAAAGCUUCUAUCAUUGUCCAAAGAGAGGGAGUGUAGCAUUGUUGUAGAAUGGAUCAAAAGCAUGACUAAUCAUCUAUACUGGGUAGCUGCCUCAUCCCCAGGAGGAAGCCCACAGCUGAUGCUCGAAAAGUGGCAUUCUCUUGGAAAUCAUCUCCAAAAUGUACAUGAAGGUCAUGGAGAAUUAUACCCAAAGUGCAGCCAUGGAAAUUUAGAGGGACGAGAGAGAAAAAAACAUUGGUUCAAAUCAAGUACAAAGGCAUGUGAAAAGGUACUGGAAAUCAUCCAUUCAAAACAGUUACAAAAAGAUGUUCCAAAAUUAUCAACAGGACACCAGACUUCAGAUCUAGAAGCUUAUCAUUCUGUUGUCAACCACUUUGCCCCUAAAAUGUACCAUUUUUCAUACCAGGGGAUGCUAAGCAGACUAAUCCUCUCUGCCUUGCAUUUUAAUGAAAAUGGCAGAAAACCCCAAGACGAAACACAGGAGGGAAAAGCUAGGUACAAAAUAACCUUUCCUAAAUUUAAGAAAGGUGGAUAUACUGUGAGAGAAGUAAAAUCACAAAGUACUUACGAAUAUGCAGAAACAAUAAUGGACACAACCUUUAAAAUUAGUGAAAAGGUAAAAAUGAAUAGUGAGAUAUGUGCCAAGAUGACUGUAGUUCCUCCUCCGCCAUUGUGCCAUGAGUAUUCUCAUCCCGUGAAAGAAGCAGCAGUAUUGGAAAAAUCUAGUAGGUUCAAUCAGCAAAAUUAAACC